CCCGAAAAUUCAAUUCAACGCAGAUGAAGAAUCUGAUACAGAGUUUUUGAAGAUCUGUGGAAAACCCAGAAAGAGAAUUAGGGUUUUGAUUGAAGAUACAAAAAAUAGAGAAGAAAUGGCACAGGCGAUUAAAGAGCCUUGUAAGAAACAGGCUUGUGAUAUUCAAGCUUGUCUUUCCAAGAACAAUUUCCUUCCUCAAAGGUGUAUAAAAGUGAUCGAAGCAUUGAAAUAUUGUUGUGAGCAAUGUGAAUACAAGUCAACACAUUGUGCUUCUCUGUCUGGGCUGCUUAAGCAAAUACAGAAAAAAUAGAAUUUGAUGGCUACAGUUGGCUUCAGACUUCAGAUAAUACCAUAUCCUGGUUAUACUGGUUGUGUUCUUCGUGGCAGAGGAGGAGCCAACUUGAGUUGCUUCUCAGAAGAUCUCAGAGCCAAACAUCUUGUUACUCUACGGUACAUUCUCAAUGCAAUCAAGAAAGCUGGAUCACUACUCUCAAGUGACUAUCGGAUUUUAGUUUCAUUAUUAGGAAUCUGAGUUUAGAAUGUAUUUCAGCUGUAUGACAUAGUUAACAUAACUGUUGAACCUCAUAAGCGAGUGGCAUAUACUUUAAUUUCUUUAGCAAAUGAAUAAUGGUGGUGAUGGCUGUCGUAGAUAGAACGCAUUGUCUCAUUUAGACCAGCUUGCCUUGUGUAAGAGCAAUAUAUAUUUUACUAUUCACAAGAAAAAAAA